CAUCGCGUCUCUAAGGAAAACGCACUUUAACUGAAAACGACAGCUAGCAAAAGUUAAUAUACACAAUGGAGAUACCUGGAAACACAACAGAAACAAACCUGUCAAUACACAUAAAUGUAAUCCGUGGAAAUAACCUGCAUGGGAAAAAGUCAAGCAACUUCCAGAGUUUUCUGCAUGUUGUGUUUGAUGAAACUGUGCUGGGAGAGUCAGAGAGGAAGCAGGCUGACCCCGUGGAACAUCGUGUUGACUAUGACUUUACCUGCGACUUCCACUGCUCAAAUGACACUCGGGCUCUUAGUGACAUCGCCCAUAGACCAGUCAUACUGACAGUGAUGGAGGUCCUGCCUGAGGAGAAGAAAGCUGAGGCCAAGACCGCCAUGCUGGGCCAAGCUGUGGUCGACCUGCUCCCGCUGUUGCAAGGUCAGUGCAAUUUCUCCUCCACAGUUCCAGUCAGUCCAGUUACUAGCGCCUCAGGGAAAGAGUCUCUGCAAGACUUUAGCCGUAAGCAGUCAAGCUUGGAUGUGCGUGUCAGCGUGACAGAUCCAGUGCUGUCUGAGACUGAACUCUCAGCCUCCAAUCUGCUGAAAGUAACUGUGGAGACAGCCUACUCUGUCCCCGAGUCAUGGCCAGUAACGGGCCCUGCCCCCUCUCCCUGUUCGUACAUCACAGCCUUGGAAGUCCCGCUUGCUGCAGGGCAAGAUCAGGUGCUCGUGUUCUCUGAAGGGCACCUAAAGUCAGGGGGGCAGAGGGAGCUCAAAGGCCGACAGAAGAAGAGGCCCCAUCAAGCCACGCUAGUCCCAGGAAACCACUACCUGCCUGGAGUAUUUUUCCAGCCGGAGUCCAUUGAAGAGGAGGUUGGUGAGCUGACAGACUUAGAGGACAGAGCGUUCCGUGAGGAGGCAGAGACCACGAAGAACAGGCUGAGUUGGGACACAGAAACACGCUGUUUCCUGGAUGCGGGCGGAGCUACCAGGCUGCGGCAGAGGAUCACUGAGAGCAGACUGUGGCCGGUGGAGAUUAUGAGGUCACUGGUUCCACUAGAAAAGCUAGGAGAUGAGGACCCAGAGAUCCCCUUCCAUGGUAUGGCGUUUGUGGACAUGGGCCGGCUGCUGUAUCCUGGAGUCAACCGCAUCCGAGGAGCAUACAGCGUUCAGCCUUUCUCACCGGAUGAGCUGCUGAACAAGGCAAAGCGCAGUGUCAGUGUGUUAAAGGAGCAUGUUAAGACAGUAGCCAACCAGGCCAAAGCUCGUGCCAGCUCAGCUGCUGGCUCUCACAAGGGAAAGGCAGGAAAGAAACUGGACGGAAACACCAAGGGAGCCAAGGAUUCCAAAGAGCCAACCAAAAAGCAAACUGUCAAUCCAAUUAGCGUGGCUGAAAGCCUGCCUGAAACUGAGACACAUGUCAGUGCAGAAGGAAAUAUUUAUUUGGAGGCCAGAACUUAUAUUAUCAUUGAGAUAGCUUUGGAGAAACCACUUGUACCAAAAACAUCUCCAGAGGAGCUGGCCAGAAGGGUGAAAGCACUGAUACCACCCAGACUUCCACUUCCAGCGGGUCCCAGCAAAGCAGAAAGAGCAGUGCUCGACUUCCACCGUCAGGUGGGCAACACGGUGACCCGUGUUUCAGAGCAGUAUGAGGAAUUGUUUGGAAAAAGUUGCAACGCGAUGCAAGACUGCAGCCAAGAGCAGAUGAAGAUUCAGCUGAUGGGAGAACUCAAUGUCUCUGGGAGAUACUUUGCCUUCAAGGAACAGAUGAAGCAUGCAGUGGUGAAGAUUGUACGUGACAAGAUGCAGCGGACAGAAGCAUUCACUGACCCCCAACAACUGAAAGUCUUUCUCAGUGAGCUUUAUGUGUACUUGUUGGACGAGACGCAUGUAGCUCUCAACAAGAUUUAUUCUAGCGAUGUUGAAGAUGAAGACUCAACUAAUGACAUCCAGUUGAAUUCUGCUCAGCUCACACAUUUUGCCAAUGAAGCACAGCUUCUUGGGAAUUAUCCGCAGGCAGCCCAGUACUAUCAAGAGCUUGUGGUGAGGUACCCGUUGGAGCCCUCCCACAAGUUUGAAUGGGGAGGCUUCUGCAUGCUGACAAGAGACUACAUGAAGGCGAAAGAGUGUUUCCACGAUGCCAUGUCCAUCCAGCAAACGCACCAACCAAGCCUGAUGAUGUGUGGGGUCUUGGCUGUGAUGUUUGAGCAGUAUAAGGAGGCCCAGACCUUCCUGGAGCGAGCCACCAGCAUUGACCCACCGAGCGUAGUGGCCUGGACGCUGCUGGGUUUACUCCAUGAGAACCAGAAUGAGUCCAUCCUGGCUGAGAGGGCUUUUCUCGAAGCAAAAAAGAUACUGAGGGCCGAAGAGGCGAGUAAGCAAAUACAGAGGGAAGAGGAGAAGAAAGAUGGCGAGGAGAGGGACGAGAAGGACCAACAGGAGGAAGAGGAGACAGGCGCAUCUGCACAGUCUGCCACUGAUAGGCAAGACCCAGAGUUUGUUGACCAGGACCUAGAGAUGCACAGAGAGCCACAGAGUGUCAGCUCCAGAUCAUCUCCAUGUGAAUUCUCCUCUUCCAUUUACACACAGACAGUCCACUUCCUGCUGCAGAACAAUGCCCUGCAGAUGGCAGAGCACACUUUGUCCCAGGAGCUGCUGUGUUCAGACGGUGGCCGCACUUUCUCCUACCUCCUUCAUCUGGGCCAGUUGCAGCUGCUCAAAGCUGACUACUCCAGUGCUGCUGCCAGCAUCAAAGAAGCGCUGUCUCUCAGAGAUCAGGAUACUGAUGUGUGGGCUCUGAAUGGUCACUGUCAGUAUUUGCAUGGAAAGUUCACUGAUGCCCAGAAGAGUUAUGAGUGGAGCAUCAACGCCCUGGAGCGUCCGUCAGACUUUCACAUCGUCUUCCUCCGCUUGGGAUCCAUCUACCUUACGCAGGAGAAGUUUGUGCAAGCCAAAUCGGUGUACUUUCAGGUUUGUGAGGAGUCUCCAUCCUGUCUGACCUGGCUGGGUCUGGGAACUGCCUGUUACCGGCUGGGAGAGCUGUGUGAAGCUGAGGACGCUCUGACUGAGGCCAACCAUUUGAACAACCAGAAUUCAGAGGUGUGGGCUUACCUCUCUCUCAUCUGUCUCAGGUCUGGCAGAGAAGAAGAAGCAGAGCGGUUUUAUAAAUAUGCAUUAAGGUUCAACCUUCAGAAGGAGUCACUCCUCACAGAGUUUAACGAACUGAAGGACCAGCUCCGCUUCAGGCAUCUGGCCACGUGCUUUGAAACGAACACUGAAGCAGGCGUCUAAAUCAUAUGAGCAAGUACAUUCACAUAUCACACAGACACGGUGUUAUUUGACAUUUUGUUGUAUUUUAAGCACGUGUGUUAUAUUAAAAUGAAAGACGGUCAGUUCAGAUGCACAUGAUCAGUUGUAUGUCACAGACAGUAACUGGCUGAGCCGUAAAAGUUCAAACCCGGUUCACUGUCGACAUUACAAGCUGAUUUAUAUAAAACAAAUGCAGUAUAGUCUUUACAAAAACAGGACAGCAACAACAAAAGAAAAAAGGGCAUGUUGUUGCUGAUAACAACACAAUAUAUAUGUAAAAAAAUUACUUUUUUUUUUUUUUAACAUUUGAUCAACAAACAAAGUUUCUCCUCAUUGUUCUAAAACACUCCCAGAUUUUGGCACAGUCCUCCCUGCAGUGAAAGGAAAUGUUACGAGGAAUACGUUGUUGGCCUGGUAAUUACACCUUUAAUGGAUGUGUUCCUAAAAGUAAGUUUUUUUUUCCAGUUUGCAAACUAGUGCUGCCAAAAUGUAAAUGAGGUCAUGAUUGUAAAUGCAUUCAGAACACAUUUCCUCUACUUUCAAAUAAAAUGUAUCUAAGUUUUUUU